GCCUGGCAGCUGCCUGCCUCCGGGCGCGAAACCCUGGGCGCAGGGCAAGCCAGGUUUCUGCGGAGAUCAACGCAGGGAUUGUCCAGUGCAGAGGCUGUUGAAGACUUGGUCACUGCCUUUCCUGGCCUAGCCGAAGGCGUCGAGGUUGCUUUGGAGGAUCUGGAGCUGCCCGAGUUAGGAGGAGAGGAGGUCGCCGAAGAGCUGCUGAAUCUCAAUGAGGGCUUCUGGGGCCCUUAUCGCGACAUCCCCUCCAUGGCUACGGCUACAAAGAAGGAGGAGAUCCUGCAAAUCGUGGAGAGCUUUGCGCUGGUGAAGAGGAAGCAUCUCCGGCUCUUCCAGCGCCUGACUGCCACGGUGCAGAG